AUGGAGCCCUUCCAGACUGCGAGCUCAGUGGGUGGUCGUCGUCCACGUACACUCGUUCGCUCGCAUUCAAUGCUUCCACUUCCAUUCGAAAAAAGUCCGGAAAGGCCAUACACUGCCACCAGAAAAGGGAAUGCUGCAAACGCAGUUCCAGUUCCUCUUACUCCUCGUCGUCAACGCUGCAAGGCUCCUGAGGAGAAGACCCCAACUCGUUCUCAAGCGUGUAAUGCAUCUGAUAGCAAGCUUCCUCAGCGUCCCAGCACUCUUCCUCGAAAUUGGGCCGGCACCGGAAAACCAAAGAAGUCUUACCCUGCCCUUGGUGAUACUUUCAGUCGAUCAGCACGAGCAACAAGCCCGUAAGUUGCCGUCCAUCUUUCAGACUGAAUUAUUGCUUUCACCUAAGCCUAACAAUGCUGCUCUUGAAACCUUGGUUUUUCCUUCAGUCCCCAAUGACGAAUGCCUCGAAGCCAUCCUAAGAAGAUUGCUAAUCAUCUCAUCAGAUUUCGUCCACCAAGCCGUAUAAAUACAUCCACGCCGUUCUACUCAGUAUCUCCGAGAAAAGCGACUCCUAGAAAGGGUACUAGCCCUAUGAGAAACUCCAUACCAAACUUCGCUCCAUCCAACCACCACCCUGACCUCCUUGCAACAAUUACACCUGGUGGAACUACCUUCUCACAGGAAGUGAACGCUGCUUUGCCAAAUGUUGUUGCCCAAGACUCUACCAAUGCUAUGCAAAUGAACAGCCCUCCGACACCUCCCAUGAGCCCACACAUUCCUGCUCUUGAUCCAGACUUGUCAGAUAUCAGUAGUCUAGAAGACUUCUCCUCACACAGCGGCGGAAGUCCUCCUCACAGCCCUCGAUUGAAUGCCCAAGAUACUUCGACAGAUUUGGACAAUUCCAAGGAGUCAUUGGCCCGUCGGCAAUACGCUGCCCAAGAGGGGCUCCUUUGGAAUAACGCAAAGUCACUUCUGGAGCAGGACUUCUUGCAUCCUGUUAACCUUAAUGAGUCUGAAUUUGUUUCGUUGGUCUGCGGAAAAAAAGCCGAUCGCCCAGAAUGGUUUCGUAUUAACCUGGCUACAGUUAUCAAACGAACUAUUGACCAAUGGAUGAGAGCACAUCGCACAUUGGUUAAAGCUGGCAUCCCUCCCAGUGAACUGAGGAAAGAAUCUCUGAACGCUUUUGAGUUCAUGAAUGAUACACAACAAUCACAUUUCAUCCAAAGCUACAAGCUUGCGGAGAGACAAAUUUUGAAUGCUGGGGAUGCUCUUCAAAUGACGCAGCAGGAACGUGAUUAUUUCGCUUUGUUGCCACUUCCUGACAAGUACAACUUCAUCAAGUAAGUCUUUUUCUGAACUUUGGGUAUCUUUGUGAUUCCAUGGAUUUGUGAAAGCUCGUCACAUUCUUUUUGGGAACUUGUAUUUGUAUGACGGCAUUAUAAUUCCGGGUUUCUUGUCAUCAUUCGUACGAAUGUAGGCUGACUUGAAUCUGGAUCCAGUAACUACACAGAUCCUCCCAUUCAGGGACUGGAAAGUAGCGGAUCUCCUCAGCUGAACUCUCGUCAAUCUCGGGUUGAUCUGCUCAAGUCGAAAAAGGCUGAUAAGUUGAAGGCUCUCCAGGAGAAACUCAAUGAGAUGAAACAAAUUGAGCAAGAUAUACGAGAGCUUGAAGAACGAGGUUCCCUCUCUGAUUGCGUGCAUGACGAGGAUCUUACGAGUGCUGAGGUAUACGACGAUGACCAUCUUGAAAUGGACUUUGGAAAAAAGGCUCUCGCCGAACUGGAGGAUCCUUUCGUUGACCAACCGGAAUCGCCAACCAAAGGUAACAUCUUUCAUGAAUACACACUCUCUGAGCGAACAAACCUACCUAAACAAACCUCCACAUCACAUACACCAGAGGGCACCAUCUCCGAUCAAAGGGCCAAAAUUCCAUACGACGAUAGUGCCGAGUAUCGUGAUUUCAUGGAUGAUUCCUGGCAUUGUUUCGAAGACUUGUCCAAGGCUGACACAAAAGCAAUUGUUGAGGUGACGGCUCUGCCACUUCCCAUCCCAGAGGCUACAGACCCAUGUUGUGAGACUGAGUCUAUAUCCACCCAUGAGUCCAUGCCUGAGCUUGUACUUCUAGACACUAUUUCAAAGUCAAAUGAUCAAAUCAAGGAAACCUCCACCACUCCCAACGGGUACACGGUUGUUCGGAAAGUGUCAGAUAACAUGGACAUUGAAAGUUUUGCCACUGUUGGGGAGCAAGCUCGCAUCUUCGCCCAAGAGUUGUCAGAAAUCGCCAAGAUUUUGGAGUCUGGUGUUCAUAGUUUCUCAGCCAUCGAGGACAGACUCCAGCAAGCGAAUUAUAGAGCCAGCUUAGAUUCCGCCAUCUGCCUACCAGAAACAACGACCGAAAUGACGAAUGCACUACCCAAGUCCCAUCAUACUACAGAAAGAAAGACAUCAAUGACCACCAUUCUAUCGGAAAGCUCAACCACUUCUGACAAGCUCGUAUUGAAAGAUGUCACGAUCGCUACCCCCGAUGUUGGCUAUGAAAGUUCUCGAAGUAGCCACGUUGAAUACAUGGGACCUUUGUUCGCUCGCGAGCGUGCAUCUCAUGCAUCCGAAGAGGGUACACUUCGUGGAACCUUGUCUAAGAAGAGUGGUACUGUUCGGAAGAAGUUGAGUCAGUUCUUUGGAUCCAUCAGACGUAAGGAGUCUCGUCGAGAUCUUCGGGACCUCUCGAAGGUAUUUUGA